AUGAUGCUAUUUGGAACUCAUAAUUCUUUGGAUUUUUUAAAAUCUGCAUUCCCAGAUGGUGAUCCUUCUUCUCUUUCUCCAGAUAAGAUAAAUAAGGUAUGGUCUGAGGUGCAGGGGAAAGAUGGCUCUCUAAAAGAUGGUAAGGAGAACCAAAAGUAUGAAGAGAAUGUUUUGGAGGGAGAGGAUUCUUGCACGCUAGUUGAAAAAAAGAAAGUAAGAAAAGGUGCUCCUCAGGCUGUCAUUUCUAUAAGGAACAAACUGAAGGCAGAUGUUGAUGGAUCUGCGAUGUUCAAGGUUGCUCAAAAAUUAAGAUUUAUCAAAUAUAGUGUCAAGCGCUGGAAUAAGGAGGUGUUUGGAGAUAUUUUUGCUUCGAAGUCUACCAUCCAACUCCACCUCAAAGAGAUCCAAGAUAAGAUUCAAUUGGAGGGGUAUACUUCUAUCUCUCUAGCCAUGGAAAAUGAUAUUUUAGUUAAAUAUCAUGAUAAUAUUGCUAAGGAUGAAGAAAUAUGGAAGCAAAGAUCGAGAUCACUUUGGCUAGCUACUAGUGAUAAAAAUAUCGAGUUUUUUCACAUGAUAGCUCUUAAACAUAAAGUUGCUAAUAGGAUCUCUCACAUUUCUAUCGACGGCGUGGUUUUGGAUAAGGAAGAAUAUAUUCGGGGGGAAGUUGUUCACUUCUUCUCCUCGCUUCUUUUUGUUGAUCCUAAUUUGAAUGUGGAAGCUCAAGAUAAUUUGUUAGAGGAUAUCCCUUCUGUUUUGGGAGAAGAACAUAACAUAUUCCUGACUACCAUUCCCUCUAAGGAGGAGAUAAAAAAAGUUUUGUUUUCUUUUGAAGGUAACAAAGCUUUGAGCCCUGAUGGUUUCCCCAUGUUCUUUUUCCAGAAUUUUGGGCAUAUUGUGGAACUAUAUGUUAUUAAUAUUGUCAAAGAAUUCUUUGGAGCUGGGAAUUUACUCAAAGAGUUGAAUUCUACUUUUAUUGUUUUGGUUCCUAAAUCUUCUGGAGCUGCUUCUAUGGAUUUCUUUCACCCUAUUAGCCUUUGCAAUUCAUUUUAA